AUGUUGAGGCAGCGUCCCUCACAACGCAAAACCCACGGUCGGUCGGAUGGUGACAGUCGGGAGAACAAGAAGACCACUGUAGAGUCAGAUGUGUCUGUAGAAGGUGAUGGGAAAUCUUCCAGCGAUGCCUCGGGCAAUUUUUGGCUAGAGGAUACGGAAGAACCAGAAACCGAUUCAGUAACCUCAAACAUUCACCCUCCCAAACCUCCAAAAAGACAUAUUCCUUCUCGAGGCUUCCCCCCCAACGGUUUGGGUGGUAAUCCACUUGUCACAGUUGAACGAAGAGGCCAUCCGAUUCGAACGCAAGUGCCUCCUUAUCAUCAACCAAGACGUGUAAUGGAUGAGUCAAAGGAAAAGAAUGUAUCCAGAGGAUAUCUCCACAAUACCAUCCACUAUCAUCCAGCCCCAAAUAUGCAAGGUGUUCCCGGUCCCCAGGUCCCAAUCAGUCCGUAUGGAAGUGGGGGCUACUAUAAUAACUAUGCUCCUUACAACCCCUACAUUAACCAGCGAACACCAGUCAAGGCGGCAGAAACUCCUAUCAAUAGAUCACCACCUCCAGCACCUCACCCGACUGAACAAACUCCUAUACCUAGAGAGGAUCCUGAAAAGAUUCGAUUAGAAGCUGAAAUUGCUGCUUUCAAGGCUAUGGAAGAGAAAGCUAAAUUAGCCGAAAAGCAGAAAGAAAACGAAGAAUAUGUCAGAAAGGAGGCAGAGGCGUCUAUGUUCCGACGGGUGGAAGAUAUGAAGCUUGCUCAAGAAGAAGCCCGCAAACAAAUGGAAUUGACCAAACGUGAAUUAGAGAUGGCGAUCCGGGAGAAUCUUGAGAAUAAAAGAAAGACGGAGGAAAUACAGGCAAAGGAGCAUGCUCAGAUGAUCGCAUCUGCUGAGAAGGCAGCACUAGAGAGACUGCGGACUGAAAAAGAGUUGGAGGAAGAAAGAGCUAGGGAACUCAAGAAGUUUGCUGUGGACCUGGAAAAGGAAAUCAGACUGAAAGUCGAAAUGCAAAAUAGGGCCGAUAUUGCUGAGCGAGAAGAAAAGGCAAGGCAGAGUGAGGACAUCGAAAGACUCGCAAAGGUUAAGAUGCUGCAAAGCAUGGACGAGAUAGCCGAUUCGGCAAAGAAGAGAGUCCUUUCCGACGUUUCGAAAGAUGGAGACACGAUUUUACUCGAAGAUCGACAACGCUGGCUCGCUAAGACUCAGAGUGGGACUGAGAUCGGGAAGAGCCUGUCGCCCAAAGAAAGCCGACCAAACAGAGCCAAAACAUCGAUGGUGAAGCAAACCACAGUGUCACAGCGUGCCAUAGCCUCAACCGUUCAUGGAGAAUCAGACGUAUCUGUAAGGCUUUCCAGUCUCUCACCAGCUCCAUCUAUGACUGGGUUUCCCCCUGAAGUUCCCAUGGCUCCGGGAUUAUCGGGAUCCGAAAGUGGAAGCGAAUUGGCCCCAAGCGAAGAUAUUUUUAACAAUACACACUCGCCUAGAUCUAGACAGCGAGGUCGAGCCCACCAACAGGCGAAUGAGUUUGAAAGGCCACAAUGGGAUGAAGUUAACGUCUUAGGCAUUCAAGAAGCUCUGGUGGACCAGAUAGCUGACACUGUCGUGCAAAGACUCAUUAGUUCUUCAUACAAGUGUGUUCCGACGCGUCACCGCCGAUACACAGACCAGUCAUACGAUGCCAAUCCAUUCGCUCCAGCCCCGGGCCCUUAUCAAAGAGACAUAAAGUCUAGGAACGAAAAGAUAUCGGGCUACUUUCCUCAAGGCCCUGCCCCGCGUGGAGCGACUGGACAAUUUCAUCGACCUUAUAAACCUGAUAAGCCAGAUCAUCUCCGAGGAAAGAUUCUGAAGGAGUCUGAUAUAUUGUCGUCACUCGAACCGCCUGCACAUGCUACUUCAUCUAUGCAACAGCAUGUCGGUGAUGGUGGGCCAGCGAUUUCCCACACUACACGAACACCUCGAUCAUCGCUCGAAAUUUGGCUUGAGAAUAUUCAGAGACUUAGCGACAAGACUCCAUCGCAGAGGGGCUACUCUGAAGUUGAGACUAUCACUGAAGAGCCAUCUACAUUACGCAAAGGUCGAUUGAUGGCCGGAGGUAGUGAUGACUUUCUUACAAGUCAACAACAUAUUUUACAUCUCAAAACACACCGUCGAAGGAAGAUGGCUGAUUUGAGUGAAUUUACGGCAUAA